AUGAAGUUUUCUUCUCUCUCAAACACCUUCCUCUUGUCACCAGAGGUGGCAAGAGAAACUGCAUUGGGGUUUCUCACAGGCGUUCAUCCAGAGGGGGGGCAGCCAGCCAAAUGGCAAGAAGAGAUGUUCACAGCUCACUAUGGAAGUUCUUUGCUUGUCAUCGCAAACCAAUGGUUCAAUCUUUGUCACACCAACAUUGAAGAAGCGAAGCUCACAGCAAAGGAGGAGACUGCUGAAGGUUUCAAGCGAUUUAUGAUGGCCCACUUUUUUAUGUGGCAGUACCCAAAGAACGCUCCAACCUUUGGAUCGCGAUUUGGAGUUUGUGAACGUUUGUCUUGUGGCGACCCUGUUUUUCAUUGGGUGAACAAGAUCGCAGCUUUGCAUGAAAAGCUUAUAGUGUGGAAGAAGAACCUCGAUUCCACCUUGACCCAAACACUUGUGAUAAGCAUUGAUGGAGUCAACUGCCGAACAUGGGAGAAAUCGAACGAGCGCUACAAUAUGGACACACAAGAGUGUUCACACAAUUUCAAUCAUGGGGCUGUGAAAUAUGAGGUCGCAAUGUCCCUUCUUGAGCCACAGCGUGCCUGGAUCAGUGGGCCGCAUAAGGGAGGGAAACACGAUCUUACGAUCUUUUGA